CAGAUGUAGAUGAGUGUAGUAUACCACACGUAACACCACUGAAACCCAUUAUAAUGACGGAUUUAACACCAUUAUUCAAUAAGUGUGUUGAGAUUGUUGCCAGUGAACUUCCAUCCAAAUCAUUUGAUGAGGUAUCACCCAUAAAAGUAUCAACAUUUUCUGUUAAUGAUACGUUUAUAAAAGAGUGUAUUGAAGUUUAUGAUUUAUUAACUAACUUAAAUACUUUUAUACAAGAAAUGAAAUCACAAUAUUUAGCUAUAAAUGAUGAGCAAUCAGGAUUCAAUCGAACAAAUGAAUUAACUAGUGCAGAUAAAGAUAGUAUAGAUGAAGAAUUUAAGUAUAAGGUCCGACAAUUAUAUCAAAAGUUGAGUUUCCUAGAGAAUUAUGAAAGUAAACGUCAAUCACUUGAUAAAUCGGGUCAAAAUGGAAAGGGAAAGGGAAAGGGAUGGUUUGAUAAUGUAUUUGGAGAUAAUGAACCAAGUGAUCAUGAAAUAUUCCUUUCAACCAUUGGACAACAUAGAAAUCAUAUACUAAAGUUUUUAAUGAUUGCAUUAAAUGCUACUAGUAAGAAGUUUGAAAGUAUCCAAAAGAAAAGACAAACUCGAGAAAAGCAGCUUGAUCUGUUAAACUUUCAGAAUUUUGAAGAAGAUGAGUAUAAUGAUUUCAAUUUAAAUGAACCACCAACAUCUACAUCUACUACUAAGGUAAAUAAUACUGAUUUCGAUGAUGAAGGAUGGGGGAAUGAUGAUUUUGAUGAUGGAGAAUUUGAAGAAGAAGAGAAACAGAAAAAUGAUAUAGUUAAUCAAUUAUCACAAGAACAAAUUCAGGAAUUAGAAUUGGAGAAUAAAGACUUUUUAAACAUGAAAACCAAUCAAUUGAAACAAGUUCAAAAAGUUCAACAAUCGAUUAUUGAUAUUGUAAAUAUUCAAAAUGAAUUAUCAUUCAAAUUACAAUCUCAAGAAGAACAAAUCAAUACUUUAAUGGAAAACAAUGCUCAGGUUCAUGUGGAUGUUCACAUGGGUAAUAAACAAUUGAAUAAAGCAACUACUCGAAAUAAACGAGGAGCUAAUAUGUUAGUAAGUCUUUGUAUAAUUUUAGGGAUAUUAAUUUUAUUGAUAGACUACAUAUCUUUCUAAUUUCAAUGGAUAUAUAUA